AUGCGACGUACUCAACACCAUGGUAUAGCGAAAAAUUCUCGCCGAAAAUCCCCACUCCUCGAGUUCUCGGCGCUCGGUCAGACAUCUCGGUCCUGCAUCAUUUGUCACCGACGAAAGGUUCGUUGCGACCGCAAAGAACCUUGUUCUAAUUGCGUCCGUCACGGCUCCACAUGUCAAUACCCAGAGACUUCGGCCCAGGAAUCGCCGAGGAAGCCGCCGUCGUUGCAAGACGUGACUGAUCGAUUGGAAAGGGUGGAAUCACUUCUGCUUGAGGUGUUGAAUAAAGGUAGAGCAGGCAUCCAACCUUCAGUUCCUACAAAGGAUCUUAAUGAGGUUCCCCAAGCCUCUGCCGAUCCACUUCCCACUCUCAGAAGGCCGUGGGAAACACUUCUUACAGAUGGGAAGAGGGUUCAAUAUGUGGACAACACAAAUUUGCUGGACCUAUUUCAAGAUGAAAAUCGAAUCAAUCCACCAGAAAUACAGCCAUCUCAACGGAUCGCCUCAAAAAGAGGUCGUAACCUGAACCUGACUGUAGGGCUUCCAUCUGUCGUUACAGAUAACAGCGCCGAUUGGCAUCAAUUGUAUCCCGAUACCCAGCUGGCACUGAUAUUAUGGACCACAUACAUUGAGAAUGUAGAUCCUGUUCUCAAGAUCCUCCAUAUUCCCACCAUGCAAUCGGCCAUGAUCAAUGUGAUAUCGCAAUCACAGCCCAAUAGUUACUCCAUGAGUGCGCUAGCUUUUGCAGUGUACUUUGCUGCUGUGACCAGCUUGUCCGAGGAUCAACUCCCGCACUUGACAACAGAGGAUCGAGAAGUGAUGCUCCAGAAAUACAAAAAGGGAAUAAAUCAAGUUAUCACGGAGGGUCAGCUGUUCAAUGAGCCAGAUCUGACUGUCCUCCAGGCACUCGCCAUUUUUGCUACUAGUUUGAGAGUCCACGACAACAGCCGGACAGUCUGGAUUCUUAUUGGAACCACAAUAAGGCUGGCGCAGUCGAUCGGAAUCCACAGAGAGGGGGCGUCCUUACGGCUAAGCCCAUUCGAAAGCGAGAUUCGACUUCGUCUUUGGUGGCAUCUUUGUUUACUAGAUUCCAGAGCACCUGAAGACCACGGAUUCGCAAGGAUAGAGAGCUUCAACCACGAUUUGAGGCUUCCUCUCAACAUCGAUGACAACCAGCUGUUUCCGGCAAUGGAGAAACUGCCGUCGGACUCUGAAAAUUGGACAGACACUAGCUUUGCCAUUAUUCAGCUUGAGGUUGCUAGGCUACUUCACCAGGUGCUAGGGGAGAGAACAAGGAACAUCGACAUUCUACAGGAGCUCACGGAAAAGCGGAAAAUCGUUGACAAUCACAAAGCGUGGAUUGAAAAAAGGUUCUUCCCUAAAGGCAUCUGUUCUACGCUACAGAAGGCAGCCUCGAGUCAUUAUUAUGCCGCUUCGUCAAAGAUGGAUUUCAUGCUUGAAGUAAGAGAGGAUCUACGCGUCAACAACCAUCGAGCAUGUCCUCGCGCGGUUCACCAAGGUCUCAGCGAAAGGCCUUUCAGAUCAGCUUGCGAAACACUCCGAAAGGGAUGGUCUUUGCUGAGCGGCGAAAUUUCUCCCAAGUUUGUCUGGGUCUUCAAGGCUUAUACGCAGUGGUAUGCACUGGCUUAUGUUUUGAGAUACCUGUGCGCAUUCCCGUCCAGGCCUGGGACAAGAGAAGCGCGAGUCCUCGUUAACAAAACCUUCGGCACGAUAUCCAGCGGCUUGCAUGAGCAUAACUCUAGUAAAAGCAAUAUUUGGCGAUGCUUGCUAUGGUUACAACGCCAGGCAUCAGAUGCCGAAACGAAUACAGGAGGCACUUCGGUUGAUCACCAAAACCAUGUUACUGGCCAUGAUGGCAUGGAAGUAGUGGCAGAUAAGCCUGCUUCUCAUAACCAGCCCGGAUCUCCACUGCCAUCUCAUAAAACAAUAUCAAGACACGACAAUAAGAAUUUACCCGCAUCAAACGGCUUAGACAUGUCAAGCAUGCUAGAUCACUCGAUAGGGAUGUACCAAGAUCCCGAAGUCGAAUGGCAAGAUGGGGAUUUCGCCUUUGGAGAUUCGAUCGCCCCAGAAAUGCUAUACUUGCCAGAGUGGAGUGAUAUUGUCAAUAGAGGGUUUGGAUAA